AUGUUCCUCGCCACCCUGCUCGUCGCCCUGUGCAUCGCGCUCACCUUCAUCUCCGCGCUCAUCGUCAUCACGCUCGGCCGCGCGUCCCCGGCCCUGGGCCGAAGCCGACGAAGAUCAUUACCGUGUUGUCCGUCGGCACGCUCGCGCUGGGAUCUCGCCGGGUCGGUAUGGUUCAUCGCGGUGCUCAUUGAGUGGCGUGCGACGAGGUGGACGAAGGCGGUCCCGUAUGCUGUCGUGGCGUCGGCGUGGUUGCAAGCGGAGAAGGACACGGUGAUAAACAGCGUAUUUUUGGCCGCUGUGGGCGGUACUCAACCUGCUGUUGAUGCCACAAAUUUGCAAGGUGGAAGAUGUAUGGCAAAUGCCAGAAACUUGGCAGCAAUGCAUGCCGUCCGCACUAAUAUAUCCGACGAUUACGUCAUGCACCUGCCUCAUGCCUAUCGCACGCGGCAAAAGCGAGGAACUCAACCAGGCGGCCUUUGCCUCCGAUCCCUCUGUCACUGCAUCGCUACCCCUGUUCUUUCUCGCAAUCUACUUGCUUUCUACCACAUCUGA